CUUCUCGAGCCAUACCAAAUCUCGCUAAGAUUCGACCAUGAACCCCACAGCGGCGUGGAGCGUUGGUAGAGCUGCUGCGCGCUCAUCGCAACGGACUGUGCCAUUGUAUGCCCAGGCACGAUGUCCAUUCAGACCAGUACCGUCAGCUCCGAUCACACGACAUGCCCGGUCCUUUGCUUGUUCCCCACGCCAGCAUCGAGCCGCUCCCUUGGAUCAGCAGCAACAGCAGCAACAGCAAUACCAACAAAGGCCCCAGCUCAGCGAGACGCAGGCCCUCGCGGUACCUCAGGCCACCCUUGAUGCCCAAGCGAGAAAAGUCAACGUCGUGUGGUCCAGUGGGAUUGAGAGCCGGUACCACAACAUUUGGCUCAGAGAUCACUGCAGGUGUCCGGCGUGCUACCAUCCGCAGACAAAACAGCGGCAGCUCGACACCUUCUCUAUCUCACCGCAGCUGAAUCCCAUCGCCGUCGAGAGCACCACCGAGGGCCUCUUGGUACACUGGCCCCAACCGGGCGCAGAAGAGACGUCGGCCUCGUCGCUGCUUGCCCGCGAUGCCUCUUCGGACGACGCUGCUGCACCCCACUCCUCCCUCUAUCCGUGGUCCUGGCUCUACUCCAACUCCUAUGCACCUUCGCUCUCGCUCACCUCGGGCAGCGGCGAGCCGGGAACAGACAUGGAAAAGGCCGGACGUCUGCUGUGGGGCAAGGGAAUCGCCCAGCAGCCACCGAGCGUCACCUGGGCGGAGGUCAUGGACGACCAGGGCAGCGACAGGGGCCUGCUCCGGUGGCUGAGCAAGAUUGAACAAUUUGGCUUCUGCUUCGUCACAGGCGUUCCACCCACGCCAGAAGACACCGAGGCGCUGGUGAGGAGGAUUGCCUUUAUCCGCGAGACGCACUAUGGCGGCUUCUGGGAUUUCACCUCGGACCUCUCUCACGGCGACACGGCCUACACCAACCUGGCGCUGGGCGCGCAUACAGACACGACCUACUUUACCGACCCAGCCGGCCUCCAGCUCUUCCACCUCCUCAGCCACACAGAGGCCAAGGACGGCACAGCGCCCAGCGGGGGAGAGUCGCUCCUCGUCGAUGGCUUCUUUGCCGCAAAGAUCCUCCGGGAGGUCCACCCAGAGGCAUACGAGGUCCUCUCCCAGGCUCGCUUCCGCACGCACAGCGCGGGCGACGACGAUGUCCUGAUCCGACCGCUCAAGAGAGGCGGCUUCCCCAUCCUCGAGCACGACACCGUCACUGGCGAGCUUGUCCGUGUCCGGUAUAACAACGAUGACCGGAGCGUGCUCAAGCUGCCAGAGGACCAGGUCCUGCCCUUCUACGAUGCAUUGGCAAAAUGGCACGAGAUCCUCACCAACGUCGACAGCGAGUACUGGGAGCAGCUGAAGCCUGGCAAUGCUCUGAUCUUUGACAACCACCGUGUUCUUCACGGACGAUCGGCAUUUGUGGGCAACCGAAGACUGUGCGGUGCCUAUGUGAACCACGACGACUACCGCAGCCGGCUGGCCGUGCUGCGCAAGCGGUAUCCAGACGUGGUCAACAACAAGCGCUUCUCGCGGUCGCCAGACGCCGACGAGGCUUCUUCGUCGAGCCGCGGCGUAUGGGAGGAUGGUCUAUAGCGCACCCCUCGGGCUUGUUCGUCCCUUGCCUAAAGUGAAAGACAAGGAUCAUAGAAAGCGCAGCCUACCAUGACUACAACAACCUAAUAAUAGCAUUUUUCUGCUGAGAAGUUGUGCAGAACGUGCGCUGGGUGUGUCGUGUCGUCUUAUCCGAUAAUAAGAGAGGCUCCUUAUCUCCAUCCUUGUUCGGUCUUUGGAGGGAACGCGACUAGCUAGCAACACUACUACUACUACUACUACUCUAAAGUGAGUCCCCGAA